UACCACCUCCGGCCGCCUGGUCUUCUCCUUUCCCUCUCAAGCGAUAAGUUACCCGGCCGGCGCAGCCUACCCUAUCGUGUUUCUUCUUCUUCAACUCAUUGACGUUGUUCCUUUCCGUCUCGUCCGUCGUUUCUUCCUCCUUGCGAGUCUUCGUGCCCGCUCCUCGUUUGGACUUCUUUUCUCGCUGAAGCAUUGAUCUCCUUUUUAAAGGAUCUUUCUUCAAAUAAAAGAGUGAACAAACUAGAUGAUUAGGACUAGGAAUAACGGAGGUGGUGGCGACAAGAGACUUACUACAAGAUGGAUCUUCUUACUUUGCUUUGCGUUCUUCGGCCUUGGAAUGCUGUUCUCGAAUCGGUUUUGGUCUGUCCCAGAUUCAAACGGGGAAAUCAUCUCGCAGCGGCGGCAGGAACAGGAACUGCAGGCUGUCUCGGAGGAUUGCAUAACCAAAAGGAAGCUUGGGCAAGACAAGGAUGUAAUGGGAGAAGUCACGAGGACCCAUGAAGCCAUACAAUCUUUGGAUAAAACAAUAUCAGCACUCCAGAUGGAGCUGACUGCAGCAAGGAGCUCCCAUGAGCUGACUGGUUCGGAGGGUUCUCCAAGCAUUAAAACCUCCAGUCAGCAGAGAAAGAAGGCUUUUGUUGUUAUGGGCAUUAAUACAGCAUUUAGCAGCAGGAAGAGGCGGGACUCUGUUAGAGAGACAUGGAUGCCUCAAGGUGAGAAGCUUCAGCAACUGGAGCGUGAGAAGGGUAUUGUCAUUCGGUUUAUGAUUGGUCAUAGUGCCACAUCGAACAGCAUUUUGGACAGGGCAAUAGACUCGGAAGAAGAGCUGCAUAACGACUUUAUUAGGCUGGAUCAUGUUGAAGGAUAUCAUGAAUUAUCAGCAAAAACAAAGAUAUUCUUUUCUACAGCAGUUGCUAAAUGGGAUGCUGAAUUUUAUGUUAAGGUGGAUGAUGAUGUUCAUGUCAAUUUAGGUAUGCUAGCUGCAACUCUUGCACACCAUAGAUCGAAGCCCAGAAUUUACAUAGGAUGCAUGAAAUCUGGUCCAGUACUUGCCAAUAAGAAUGUGAAAUAUCACGAGCCGGAGUUUUGGAAAUUUGGAGAAGAAGGAAAUAAGUACUUCCGCCAUGCGACCGGCCAAAUCUAUGCCAUCUCAAAGGAUCUGGCCACAUAUAUUUCAAUCAAUCAGCCUAUACUCCAUAAGUUUGCAAAUGAAGAUGUUUCACUUGGGGCAUGGUUUAUCGGACUUGAAGUGGAGCAUAUUGAUGAGAGGAACAUGUGCUGUGGGACACCGCCAGAUUGUGAAUGGAAGGCCCAAGCAGGGAAUGUAUGCGUUGCAUCGUUUGAUUGGAAUUGCAGUGGAAUUUGCAAGUCAGUGGAGAGGAUCCAAGAUGUGCAUGCGAGAUGUGGGGAAGGAGAUGGAGCUGUAUGGAGUACAUUCUUAUGAGUUCACUUCACCCUCUCAUUUUAUCAGUUCAUCAUCAUUUUGUCAUUUUUUUCGUAAAAGCCGGUCGUUGCCUGAAGGUUAAGCUGCGGUUUCUCAGUAGUUAAUGUUUUUUUAUAUCUUCAAGUGAUAACAAAACGAGAUUGAUUCGGAAGCCGCAACGGAGUCUAAAAAUCAUCAAAUUCCAGUAGGCAAGGUAUGAAAAUUACCUUUCUAUAUCAUUUAGCUUUUAAAAGAAUAGUGGUUGCUCAAAUUUGUAUACAUUUUGUAGAUUUUACAAACAUGUAGGUUGAUAUACAAAUACAUACGAUUUUUAUGUUUAUCAAAAGAUACAAGUUGUAUAUUUAAUAUUUUCAGAUUGCG